AGUUGCGCACGAUCUUGAUCGAGAUUGAGUCAACGUUAAAUAAUCGUCCAAUUAUGUACAUAUAUGAUGAUGAAGAAGGGAUAUCCUACCCCCUUACGCCAUCUUGUCUACUUUAUGGACGGAGAACGACUACUACGCCAAACGACCGCCAGUUCGAGAUAGUGAACACAAACGAGUCUUUGACCAGACGAGCUCAACAUCACAAAACUCUACUAAAGGAAUUCACUAAACAAUGGAGACGAGAAUAUCUGCUAAGCAUUCGUGAAGCAGCGAGCUCGAGUAACAACGGUACAAGGGACGUAAUUGUCGAAGGAGACAUUGUAAUUUUGAAGAACGAGAGCACGAAACGGUUAUUUUGGAAAAUAGCGAAGGUCGAAGAGCUUCUUCGAAGUAUUGACGGUGUUGUAAGAUCAGCGAAGGUUCGAGUGUUGAACAGUGAGACUCGAAAGCCUAUCAUCAUACGAAGACCUAAACAACAUUUAAUCCCAUUGGAAGUUCGCCCGAAAUUCGGUAACAAGGAUAAAGAAAAACUAGCUAGUUGA